UGCUGGUUCGGUUGAAGUGGUUGUUGAUGUCCCGUCAAAAAGUCAGAGGGGGGUCAGUCGGAGAGGCUCAGCGGCUUAAAGCGGAACGGCUGAGGAUUCGGAAUUAAGGUCAGAAUGCAGUUCCUGGGCCGAUUUUUGGACACGGUCACCUCCGUAUCCAACCUGUUCACCAACCCGUACCGGGUGCGGGAGGUGCAGCUGUCAGAGUAUGGUGGCAAAGUGAGGCUCAAGCAGGAGGGGAGGAUGUUGCUGUACAGGAACAUGUCCAGUCAGUCCUGGGACUGCGUGCUGCUCUUACCUGAAAGCUCAUCCAUGGCACUGAGGUUGUUCCAGGUGGCGUCGGAGGAAGAUGCCAUGAACUGGUUUCCUCAGUAUAGCCUUAAGCUCCGCCCAUUUUAUGAGACGCUCCGCCCUCCACUCAGACCAGAGACGCUCCAGCAAAUCGUAGACUGCCUGCGGAACCAUCCAGACUGGAGCUCCGCCCACAUCGCCGUGGAUACCGGCCUUCGGGACUGCCUGAAGCACAACUAUGUUUUAAGUCAGAUGAACAUGCGGGACACGCAGGGUCAGACGGCGCUGCACAUCGCGUGCGAGCGGGGCGAAGUGGGCUGUGUGCGGGAGCUGCUGGAGGAGUGCCAGGCUCGCACCGACAUCAAGGACAAGAACGGGGACACGCCCAUGCACUGCGCAGCCAAACAGGACUCCGCCGCAGUCGUGGAGGUGCUGUGCUCUCAGAUGUGCGCCGGGAUCAACGAGGUCAACGUCAUCGGGGAAACGCCGCUGCACAUAGCUUGUCGGAUGGGUAAAGUAGAGACGGCCAAGGCGCUGAUGGGAGGCGGGGCCUGCUGUGACAUCAUCGGGGCCACUGGCUACCCCAUUCACGCAGCCAUGAAGUACAGCGAGAGGGGCUGUGCUGAGGCUAUUCUGGCUGCUCAUCCAGCCCAGCUGCAGGCUGAGGACCCGGUGUACGGGGGAACCCCUCUGCACUGGGCAAAGACUGCUGAGAUGAGCCGUCUCUUGCUGGACCGUGGCUGCAACGUGAACUACCUGAGCAAGACGGGCGAGAGUCCAUUACACAUCCUGACCAAGAGGGGGCGCUUUGAGGCCGCCAUGAUUCUGCUCACUCACGGAGCUGACCCCAACAUUAAGGGCGAGAACGGCAACACGGCUCUGCACCUGGCCAUGAAGUUGGACCACAUGGAUCUGAUUAAAGCUCUGAUUGUGUUCGGAGCCGACGUGGAGAUCCACAACGACCUGGGAGAGACGCCGGGCCUGAUCGCAGCCCGCACCAGCAAGGGGCCGAAUCGUAAGGUGUUGUUAAAGAUGCUGUGUAGUGUUGGGGUGGAGCGCUGUCACCCCCCCACCCCUGACCUCCCGCUCCCCAGCAUGAGGAGAGCUCCGCCUCCCACCAUAGGGUUUGAUGACAUCAUUUACACGGCCGCUGCCAUCUCCGCCAUGAGCCGAGGCUACGCGGAAGUGGACGGCCUCAAAGCAGGAAGCCGGAGGACAGACAGAUUGCUGUGUUUAGAUGGAGGAGGCAUUAAGGGCUUGGUGCUGAUCCAGCUGUUGAUUGCGUUAGAGAAAGCAGCAGGCCAACCCAUUAGAGAACUCUUUGACUGGGUGGCUGGAACCAGCACCGGCGGCAUCCUGGCCCUCGCUAUAGUCCAUGGGAAGUCGAUGCAGUACCUGCGGUGUCUCUACUUCCGGAUGAAGGAGCAGGUGUUUAAGGGGUCCAGGCCAUAUGAGUCGGCCCCUCUGGAGGACUUCCUGAAGAAGGAGUUUGGAGAGAACACAAAGAUGACCGACGUUAAACACCCCAGGGUGAUGGUCACUAGUGUUCUAGCAGACAGGCACCCAGGGGAGCUGCACAUUUUUCGAAACUACGAUCCGCCCGCCCUGUCCAGAGACCCUCCAUAUGUUUCUACUGCCACCUUUAAACCACUCACCAUCCCACAGGAGCAGGUAGUGUGGCGUGCUGCCCGCUCCAGCGGCGCCGCCCCCACGUACUUUCGGCCAAUGGGACGCUUCCUGGACGGAGGGCUGCUGGCUAAUAACCCGACGCUAGAUGCCAUGACAGAAAUCCACCAGUACAACAAAGCUCUGAAAACUCAGGGUCGGGAGGAUGAGGUGUGUAAACUAGGAGUGGUGGUCUCUUUAGGUACAGGAAAGCCUCCACAGGUGGAGGUCAAUUCUGUGGACGUUUUCAGACCAUCCAACCCUCUGGAGCUGGCCAAAAGCUUCAUAGGAGUCAAAGAACUGGGCAAGAUGCUGGUGGACUGUUGCACUGACUCAGACGGCUGUGCCGUAGACAGAGCCAGAGCCUGGUGUGAGAUGGCCGAUAUAAACUACCACAGACUGAGUCCUCAGCUCUCCACGGAGGUGAUGCUGGACGAAGUGAGCGACGCCAUUCUGGUGGACAUGCUGUGGGAGACGCAGAUGUACCUGUACGAGAACAGAGAGAUCAUUCAGACCCUCGCCCAGCAGCUGCUGCAGCCCUGACUCCGAGGAGGGGCGGGAGGCAGAGAGAGUGACAGAGCGAGGUGGAGAGAGAGCGUUAGAGAGAGAGAGAGAGCGAGUGUGCAAGCGCAAGAAAGAGAAAGAGUAAUGAGAGCAUGUCUGAUAGAUGAGCCUGGUGCUACUCCGUUACGGCUGCUAGGAUUAUUUUGAGCAUUGCCUCUUUCUCGUUCCAGCGCAUUCCAUAAAACAUUCAGAAUGUCAGGUUACACAAACACAUUAAGACUGGGAUUGGUCAGUAGACGCGCAGCGAGAGCUCCUCUGGGCUUCGUUAGAACGCUCAUUUUCUCAGCAGCGCUGCUUAUAAUCAGAAACACUUGAUCGGACACAGCAGGCCAGAGUGGAGUGCUUUCGUUGAAGCUUUUCACUACGGACUAAUUGCGAUGCAAUUUCAAUUAAAACUUGAAUAACGAAGAAGGUCAGAUAGCUUUGAGAAGGUAAAACAGGUUCAGCGGAGGGGAUAUUAAAGAGAUUAUUGAGCUGCGUGGUUUAUCAGCCAAGCACGUGUGUCAGUUUUAUUGAUUGGGGUCAGUGUAAAUCAAACCUGUUAAAAGAACAUCUAGUAUGAUGUAAUGCCCAAGCCAAGAGAUGGUGCUUUGGAAGUGGUUUGUGUUUAUUCUGUAUAUAUACACCGAUCAGGCCUAACAUUCUGACCACCUCCUUGUUUCUACGCUCAUUGUCCAUUUUAUCAGC